AUGUCCCAGUUUUCUGGCAACCCCCGGGACUCCUUCACCGCGUCACCCACGACGGCCCCGCCGCAGCAAAACGACCCCUACUCCAAGGCCGACUUGCACACCCAGUCGCAUCACAACCCUCCUCCUCGUCCGCCGCCCUCCUACGCCCAGGACUACACCCAAGAGCCGAGCACGCCCUCACCCUCGUCGCCCGUGCGGCCCAACUAUGAUCACUCGCCAGUGGCAAACUCCCCCGGUGCCCUUGCAAGCCAUUCCAGAACUCGAAGCAGAAGCUCCUCUCGGCCGCUGUCCAUGAUACAGGCCUACCAACCGCCCCUCAUGGACGUGAACGAAGACACUAUCCCGGAGCUGCUGCCCAUCUUCACCUUUUUAAACAGCCACGCCAACAAGUUAUACCAGGAAGGAUACUUCCUGAAGCUCGAUGACCAGAAUACUCAGGGCAAGCCAAACCCGGACAGGACGUGGACGGAAUAUUUUGCCCAACUCGUAGGCACCGUACUGUCGCUAUGGGACGCAGCCGAGUUGGACGCCGCAGGCGAGGACGGCGAGGUCUUGCCAAAGUUCAUUAAUCUGACGGAUGCGUCGAUCAAGAUGAUCGACUCGUUACCGACCAGAUCCAACGAUGAACAACCCCUGCAAAAUAUCCUGAGCAUAUCGACCGCUGGAAGGAACCGUUAUUUGCUACAUUUUAAUUCCCGACAUUCACUUAUUCAGUGGACUGCCGGCAUCCGUCUGGCCAUGUUCGAGCACUCGACCCUCCAGGAGGCCUACACAGGAGCGUUGAUUGCUGGGAAGGGCAAGACACUAAACAAUAUCGGUGUGAUAAUGGAGAGGGCGCGGCAACCGACAGAAGAAUGGGUUAGGGUCCGAUUUGGUGCCGGCGUGCCAUGGAAGCGCUGUUGGUGCGUCAUUAGCCCACCCGACGAGAAGGAGUACCAAAAGCUCCAGAAGGAGAUGAAGAAGAAGUCACCAUAUGAUCGUUCGCACCCACCCAUCCUGAAGGGAGACAUCAAGUUCUACGACACGCGGAAAGAGGGCAAGAAGCAGAAGAAGGCCAAGCCCAUUGCCACGAUAACCGACGCAUACUCGGCUUAUGCCCUUUACCCUCAGGCCAAGUCCCUCAUUGAUGCAUCGACCCUGAUCAAGAUCGAGGGAGACAUUACAAUCCACUCGGACCCUCCGUCCUCAACCGAGGGCUUCGUGUUCAUCAUGCCCGAGGUCCACCCGGCUGUGAGCGGAUUUGGCAUGAUGCUGCAAUUUCUCUUUCCAACAUGGGAUACAUUUGGUCUGUAUGGACGCCCAGGCAGACUUGUCGCCAGUACCAUUGACCCCAGGUCCCUAAUGUUCGCCAUGCCAAAGCAUAAGCGCUACGGCUACCUGGAGAUCUUGGAUGUCACAUCGUUGAUCCUCACAGACGGGAGCUCUGGCUGGGCUGAGAAAGACUGGAAGAAGCGCCUCAAGGAUCUCACCGGUCAACGCAUGACUACUGUCGAUGAUGCGCCACCCAGUAACACCCACAGUCGGACCAACAGCAGAAGUAAGAGACUCAGCUUUGGCCCAGCAGUAGAAGGUGGUGCGAAGCCGCGUGUCGGUUUUGCGGACGGAGGGGCACCCCCCUCUGUGCGCUCAUCGCGGUCCAUGUCUCUCACCCACCGCCCACCAACGCGAACUGAUUCCGCUCCGCCGGUGCAAGGCUCGGAACGAGGGCCGUCGGCCAUGGCUGGCGCCAUGAAGUCCGGCCAUAAUAGGAAUGCAUCGGAUUCCAACCUGCCGGGUGGGCCUCCCCAACCGCCGUCUCACAUGUCCGGCCCCGCAGCCGAAAGCCCAUCAGGCCGUGGCCCGAAUCCUGCACGCAACUUUGUGAAUGAUCUGGCGUCCACACCGGAGCGGAUCAGCUCGGACGAGGAGAGGGAACCACCUGCAAGGGGACUAGACGGCAUGCGGCAUCUGGAAACUCCGGAGCCGGUGUCUAGGCCACCUGCCUUCAACCACGCGCCUGGAGAGAAGCCGCAGCAGAGGCCGUACCACUCGCCCGAGCUGCGUCGUGCCAAUAGCCGGAUGUCCAGUACCACGUUGGCGCAACUUGCCCAGGCCGGAGGCAUCGAAGGCGUCGCGAAGCAGGAGGGAUGGACAAGUGAAAGCAAGAGAAGCGCAGAGGACCGGGAUCCGGCUUCAACACAAAACGACCACUAUGGUCCACCUCCGGUACAUGCUCACGCCAACAACCACGCUGGGAUGAAUGCUAAUGCCGGCUCUCGUGAAGAUUUAAGGACCAACACAACACAUUCACCUGGCUCGCUCCAUUCUCCGGGCCUGCCACCGCCGGAUCUUGGCCUCAACAAACAACGCUCAAAGUCACCACUCCACCAGAAUCAAAAUGUCGCUCUUCCAGAACCUGGCCCCAUAAGACCCAGUCCAGGCUCUCGUCCGGGUACCCCAGGGAGCCAAGGUAUGCGGAGUCCCCCACCCGGACCCGGUCAGGGGCCCGUGCCGCACGGCCGGCCCCCGCCAGGACGAGGCCCUCCACCGAACAUGCAACCACCACAGCAACGUGGCCCCCCUCCUAAUAUGCCUCCUCCUGGUCGAGGCGGCCCACCUGGUAAUAUGGGUCCUCCGCCACCACGAGGACCACCAAAUCAGUCGCAAAACAUGUAUCGAGGACCUCCUCCCGGUCCUGAUGGCCGCCCGGGUACUCCCAGCCGGAAUCGACCACCUCCGCUCAACACGUCCCCUCCCAUCCAGCGAAAACCACUUCCUGCGCGGGGAGACAGUCUAGCACACCGCAGCGAUGGUCUACCAACCUCACCGACUGCGUCAAGCAACGGCAGCUUCACUCGAGCUAUCGAUCCCAAUGUGGUGGCUCACAUCAACAACUACAAUUCGAGUGGUAGAGCCACUCCGCAGUCUGGUGUUGUACGCCACGAUACAUUUCGGAGCACCGCCAGCAGCAACUAUGACUCGACUGAGAGUCCCGAGUACGCGAGCACGAGACCAUCAAUAGAUUCGGCUGUAUCUGUGGAAAGACCACGAGCUGGCGUCCUUCGAACUGUCGGUGAUGACAACACAAGCCAACCUGCCAACGGGUCUGGUUUCAAUAUUCCAGACGUGAACUUCGGACCAACUCUGAACUAUGCAUCGAACCAGGCCAGGCACAAAGUCCCGGCUCCCGAGAUGGCUCCUCCAGUAAGGUCAUUUUCCCCGGCACCUCGAUCUUUCUCGCCUGGUCCCAACCCUCCGAAGAAGUCACCAGGAGUAGAUGCGGGACAUGGUCGAAAUGGUUCGGAUGAUACUCUGCAAAGACGUAGUAUUAUUUGGCAGCCUCCCGGCGCUGCUGCUGCAAACGGUUCUGGUCAGGCCAUCUCCGCGGAGCAGUUUGUACAGCAACGGGCUGCAGCCGCCGCCACACCGCUGUACGCCCACCAGCGCAAGUCGUCCGGUAACACGCUUGGUGGUUAUGGUACCGGGACUCCCACACCCCCUCUGGAUCGCGGUCACGGUCGAGAUUACAUGCAUGCUCACUCCAGAAGCAGCUCCCAGGAUCUGCUUCAGCGACCAAGCUCCUCGGGGGCCGGAGCUGUCCUCGGCGGUCAAAAGAGUGGUGAAUCUCACCUUUCUGCACGCGAGCAAGAACAUGUAGCACGGAUAACGGGCACGCCUCUGAUCAGUGUUGCCGGCAAUAAGAAUGCGCCGCAACCAGAUGCAGGCUUAAUCGGUGCCAUCGGGGCAAGGGAACGCGAGAAGCAGCAGAUGAAGGCUGGAUACAGCGGGCAGGCCGUGCAGCAAGCCAUUACUCAACGUCAGCAGAUGCAAGCGAUGCAAAAUUACCAGCAGCCAAUGCCAUCACCAGGCAUGCCCCCGCCAGCUGGCAUGUACUCCAACCUGGGUCGUCAGUCGCCUGGCCCACAACAGGUAUAUGGGUUCCCACAAGCCCUGCCGAGCCCGGGUCUGCAAGCAGGCGCCGGGUGGGCGAGUCCAGUAGGUAUGUAUGGAUCACCUCGACAGGCCAACUUCCCGAGCCCCGGAUUUGUCUCGCCUCAGGGUCAAUACUCGCCGCAAUACACUGCAUCGCCAGGGCAGAGUCCGCGACCGGGACAGCAGCCCCAAGGCCGGCCAGGAAUGAACUCUCCAUACCAAGGGCCUGCGUUUUAG